GAUAAUUUUGUUAAAGUAAAUCGAAUAAUAUGAAACAUUCAAUAUGAAUGAGCAGUGCUUGACUAAGUCGAGGCUGCUUGUCAACUCAAUGCUGCCAUCUUGACAUACCGAAUAAAAUUAUUUCGUAGCAGUCGGCGAAUAGUAUUUACAACUAAUAUUUUGCUACUGUUUUGACAAUUACAUACAUAAAUCGUAUUCGGGAUUUCUUAUUUGUUGAUGACAGUGUUCUAAGAGCUGUUACAGCUCAACCAUGAGACGAUGAUGUGGUAACCGUUUUAGUCGACAUAUCAUAGUGGCUACAGUGCAACAAAAUAUGGUCGUGCGUUUCGCCUGAACAGAUAAGUGAAGAUGUGUGAGCAGACUGAAGUAAAUUACUUGGACGGAGAGGUGGUGUGGGUGAAGCUAGGGUCUUGCUGGUGGCCCGGAGCAGUGGUCGGAGCAGACAAGCUCCCCCCAGAUGUGCUGCCAUCGUUCAAGAAGCCUCCCAUAGCAGUCGUCAAGUUCUUUCAGGAAAGCACCUACGAAUAUGUGAAGAACAUCAAUUCAAUUUACAAAUACAACUGCAGCCGCAAACAUGACUUUAUUAAGAAAGGAAUGUUAAUGCAUAAAUCCAAACAUGCUCAUAUGGAAAAGUUCCCCGAAGAUGUGGUCCAGGCGGAGACUGAGACAGGAGGUGACCCGAACAUCUUGACCAGUGAAGAGUUUCAGGAAACUAAGAAGGAGAGCUAUGCUGGCAUUUUUGGCAGCGCAUCCAAGAAAGCAGGGACUCCUGGCAGGGGGAGAGGAAGGCCCAGCACCAACACCCCCAAGAGCACUUCUACGCCAACUACUCCAAUAAGAAGGGUAAAUCGAGAUAAGAGUGAUUACAAGGUACAUAUCUUAGUCCAGGGGUCAAAGACUCCCAGCCAGGCCACCGACGCCUCCUCUACGCCGUCGACGAGCCGCGCCGGGUCGGAAUCAGAAAAUGCCGAAGAAAAAACUCCCAAAGCAGAUAAGCCCAAUUCCACAUUCACUACUCCGACCAGCGCCGCCGCCGGCGUCUAUCCCUGCCACGUCUGCCCCUUCACUACCACGCGGCUCAACGUCCUCAUCCUACACAAUAAAACACACAGUGCCACAUACACACCUUACACACCUUCGCCCGUACGAAAGAAACCGGCCGCCAAACUAUCCCCCAAGGCGACACCGAACAAAACGCCGAAAGCGCGAAAACCGCGCAAAGAAAAAUCAGAAAAGCCAGAAAAAUCUGAAAAACCAGAGAAGGAAAAAACUGUCAAGAAAUCUCAAGCACAAAAACGUCCCACCGACGAGCCCCCGGAACCCGUAGAAGUGAAAAAACCUAAGACUGACGAGGAAAUCAAGAGUAGCCUUUUAGCAGAUUGGGACGACAUGGACGAAGACGACGACAAGUGCCCCGACCUCGCCUCCUCGCCCACCGCGGCCGCCGCGUCGCCCGCCGAGCCCACGCCCGCCGAGCUGCCCGCCGCAGAGCUCCUCGCCCGGCGCCAGGCGGACCACGCUCCUGCCGACAAACCGGAGUCCGAGAGCGACUCCAAAUACGAAUUCUGUGAAGACGAAGACUGGUCUCUGGAGGCGGACGCCGGCCGGAAAAUACCGCGGGUCAAGAAUCCCGCGAAGAGAAAAGAACGAAAGAGCAUCAGCAUCGACGAGGAUGACGUGGCGAGGGAGGUCGCGGACCUGCUGACUAGAACCACCGUCCCGGAACUACCUGCGGUGCCGGAACCUUUGACCGUCGAGCAAAAUUUUCCUGAGCCUUCCAUCGUAAAGUCCCCCGACAAAAAAACGCAACCGGUACCGGAAAGUAAUAAAGCGACCGAGAAAGUCGCUCCCGAGCCGGCCCCCACGAAAGCAAUUUUUAAGACGAAAACAUUUUUUCGUAGUCGACACUCUAGGAGCCAGGAUGCAAUAGGGAAGUACGUCGCCGAACAGCUCAACGCCGAAAGAUUGGACGUGGAAACUGAACUAAAUGGAUCGGAAGUGGCAUCCUCUCCCGAAGCCAGAGAGUCCCCACCCAUAGAACCGGUUAAAGUAGCUCGCCUGGCGCCCAAAAUACAACUCAAGAAAAUGAAAGCUGAAGCGGCGCAGUUAAGAGAGAAGGAAAAAAUAAACAUGGAAUUGGCCGCCGAGGCCAAGCUUGCUGCGAAUGGUGCUAAUAGUAAGCCAGAUAAUAUAGUGUGCCAUAAUCUGGCGUCCCUUGAUGAAAAAGUAGUAGAAUCUAAGUCAGUUACACAGAAAUAUAAUCAAGAUGUCUUAUAUCCUACACAAGAAAUAAAACCAAUUAAUAAGAAUACAAAUAAUACACAGGAUUUACUUACAAAUGAAAUACAACCAAUUCAUAAAAAUGACCUUGUCAGGAAAAGGGAAAUUGAAGAACUGAAUAGUCAAAUUCACAAACCCCUAGAAAAAGAAAUUGAAACAAAAAAUAAAUCUAUUGACGAAAUUUAUGACAUUGUUACGAAAGAAAUAAUCAAGAAUAUUGACACUGAAAGGGUUGAUGAUAAAUUAAGUAACGAUAGUGAGAAGGAAAUAAGCGAGAAUAAAUAUAAAGAACAUACUGGUCUGCCCAAAACGCCAGAAGUUAAACAAAUGCCUCGUGAACAGUUAGCUGAACCUUUCAUGAAUGAAUCUACAGCGUCAGCUGUAGAUGCCUUAUUAAGCGUUUCUAGAGAAGCUGACAGGGUUACUAAAGUUAUAAGCGACGAUCCUCCCGAAGAUUUGUUUGAAGAUGACAAUAAAGAUAACGGAGCAAGUAACAAUGUUAACGGUUUUGAAGAAAGCAAUAACGACAAUAAUGUUGUAGAAAGUAAACAAAUGCCUGUUGAAGAAAUGGAACAGGUUACGGAAGAAACCGUCAUGUCUGAAGUUUCACCAAUGGAAGCUAAUUUGCAUGGCAGUGAUAUCGUUGCUGAACAUGUUGACUCAAAUGAAACCGUUACCGAAACUACAUGCCAUGAUAAAAUUAUUGAAGUUCCACAAAUAUCUGAAGAAACAACUGAGUUAGUUUCAGAAACAGUUGUUGACUGCGUACCUUCUGAAUCUGACCUGCAAAUAGCAGAGGCGUUGAUUAAUCUUCCUUCAACGGCCAUACAAAAUAAUGCAUCUAGUCAACUUCAACAAAACAUGAAUUUGUCAACACAUUUUGCGAGCGGUGAAUCUUAUCAGGAAGAAGUGGUCGAAAGCAUAAAUGACACCAAGGAUAAUGACGAUACAAUGGAAGAAGCCAGAUCUGACGAAAACUCCGUAGUUGACAACUCUGUAGAACAUAGAACAGAAUCUUUACUACCAUUAAAUAGCGACAGUUUGAAUUCAAGGUAUGAAACUGAAGAAGAGAAGAGUCAGAAUUUAAACGCGGCGCAAUCUUUAGUCGAAAUGUCCGAAUUUAUAGAUCAUAAAAUUAAAGUUUCUGAACCACAAAUACCUGAAAUUGACAAUGUACAUGCCGUAGAUAUUUUAAAUCCCAUACGUACCACUGUAGUAGAAACAAACAUUACUGUGGAACCAAAACUUUCAAUUUCAGAAAACAGUAACGAUCCAAUCAGCAACACACCUAAGUUUGAAACGUCAUCUUCCAAAUUACUUAAGAUUUUAGAAGAGCCUUGUGUGCCCAAAAUAAUCAGUAAAACUCCAACGAAACAAGUAGUGGUAACCGGAAAAGAGAAAAUACUUAACUUUGACGUCAACAAAGGUACCAUUAAGGCCAAACCGCAAUCGCCCAAACAGAAGAUUAUUAUUCGUCGAAACACGCCUAGCAAGAAUAUAAUAAAUAGUAUAAACGAGUUAAGUUCUCCUGAGAACAUAAUUCUCUCUCGCACCGGCAAGCCGGCGCAGGACGGCUCGACCAUGCAGACCUAUACCAUCCAGGCCACGCCCGAGGCUCCCAGCGACGCCAACACCAUCAUCAUCCAACAGAAAAUACGGAAAAUCACAAAACCUGCUCCUAAACUACAGAAGCUGAAGCAGCAGCUCUCCUUAGUGGCUCCGGUCACCGAAUCGAAGCCGGUCACCGAACAACCCGCACAAGAUGACACCUUUUAUGAUAUCAAUUCCAUGCCCAUAGUGCUCUCUGACGACAUCCUCACUCCGGAAAAUAUUGAGAAAAUGCCUAUCGUCAUGUCCGACGGCAAAAUCAUCACGAACCCUACGAAUCCUCCUAAACUCGUAAAAUCGAAACAGAUCGAAAACGAAAAAGUCAGCAUGAUCGGCCCGAUUAAACCUGAACUUAAAACUUUGCUAAUGAAUCCCGCGCCCGAGGUCAGCAAAGCGACCACGCCUAACAUUUUAUCCAAGUCGUCCAAGCUCAGGGCGUCGAAACCGAUGUUAGUAAUAGAUAAAGCGACCGGGAAGCAGAAAAUUAUUAUGACUAAAGCGGACCCCGCCAUCAAAGAAAUAAAACAGUCUCCCGCCAAGUCAGAGCCGGUGGCCCCCAGCGCGGCCAAGCAGGGCAAGUUCAUCAUCCUGCCCACCGGCGCGUCGCCGCGGCCCAGCCGCACGCAGAAGAUCGUCAUCGACCCCGGCACCGGCAAGGCGCACGUGCUCGUGGCCAAGCCCGAGCCCGCACCCGACAACAAGCCCGUGUCCGCCAAGCUCGUGCCGCAGCCCGCCGACGGGCCCGGCAGCACCGUCAUGAUCAUCACCAACGCGCAGGGCGCGCAGUCCCGCAUCGUGCUCACGCCCGAGCACGAGAAGAUACUCUUCCCCAACAAGCAGCAGCCCAAAGUGUCGCAGCUCAAGACCGUCACGCACCGGAUAACGACCAACUCCCCCCAGAAGACCGUCGUCACCUCGGUGGCGGCCGCGAAGACUCCGCCUCAGAAAAUAGUCCCGAAGACGCAAAAGAGCGCCAUCAUCACGUCCAAAGGGCAGCUGAUCGUCGGCGGACGCGUCGCGACCACCGCGCAGAACAUAGCGCCGAUGCCCGAGAUCCGGCCCAAGCAGCGGAUCGUCGCCGCCGAGCCGAAGAAGCUCGCGCAUACGAUCCAGAAGACCUCCUCGGAGCCGCUGAUCUUUCUGCAGCAGAAGUCUGGCGCGAUGAUGCAGCUCACGGCGGCGCAGUUCGAGCACCUGCAGCGGACCGGCCAGAUCGUGCAAAAGGCCCCCGUCCCCGAGAACAAGGUCGUCGUGCAGAAGCAGAUCACGAUCCCGUCCAACGAGACGAUCGUCCCCGCGGCGCACAAGAAGGCGAGGCGGCCGGCCGCGAUGUCGCCGACGCCCGCGAAGAAGCUCAAGCAGGAGAUAGCGAUAGCGCCCGCUCCCGCGCCCGUGCCCGCGCUCACGCCGCUGUCGCACUCCGCGCCGGCGCACUCCGCCUACUCCGAGCUCGACAACUUCGAGGAGCUGCUGCCCUCCACCGCCAUCGCGCGCGCGCCCUCGCCCGCGCCCACGAGCAGCGCGCCCGCGCCCGCGCCCGCAGCGGCCGAAGCGCCGCCGGCGCCGCUCGCCGACGGCCAGCUGCUGGCCGUGCCCGGCGAGCACUUCGGCGGCCCGCCCGGCUCCUUCUACCUGUGCGUCGAGGACAACGGCUCGCUGACGCCCAUCGACAACCGGCCGCUCGUGCUGGAGAACAACCAGCUGGUGCCGAUGACGGAGCAGGCGCCGGCGCCGGAGCGGCGCGACAUCCUCGAGGCGGCGCUCGCCAACAGCGACGUGUUCCACGAGCCGCCGCGCGAGGACGCGCCCUUCCGCGACCUGAACGCGAACGUGUCGGUGCACUGCCGCGUGUCGGAGACGAGCACGACGCUGCACCAGCCGAUCAUGACGCCGGUGGAGGUGCCGUCGCACGCGGACGCGGAGCCGGCGGUGCCGGGCUCGCUGGAGGACGGGCUGGCGGUGAUCGGCGUGACGCCGCACACGGUGCCGACGUCGCUGGAGCUGCCCAUCACGGUGACGGACCCGCGCAUCGCGCCGCGCGUGUCGGACCCGCUGGCGCUGUUGAGCGUGAGCGAGCCGGCGCCGACGCCGCAGCCCAUGUCGAUGCCGCUGCUGCUGGAGGAGGAGCCGGUGGGCAAGUCGCUGCCGAUCCUGACGGACGAGCCGGCGGGCUCGGGCUCGUCGGGCUCGCCGGAGGAGCUGUGGUCGCGGCGGCUGCUGACGCCGUGCUCGGACACGUCGGAGGCGUCCGCCGAGAUCCCGCUGCAGCCCAACAUGCGCCUCUCCGUUGAGGACUUGGCGAGGGCCAGCUAGACCUAGCCGAGUUUUUAUAUUCGUUUCGUGUUGAGAAUGUUUAUUUAUAAUGUAAUUCGUGUUUUUACAUGUGCAAUCAAUUAUGUUUGUCGUCUUUCGAUAUAUCCGUAUGAUAGGGACCGGCCGGUCGACGCGGGCGGGCCGCUCGGCUCUCGUUAUAGUUGGGCCGCCAUCGUGCGGGCGAUGUAAAAAGAACGCGAGUGUAAAUAUAUCGUUAGAGUGGUGCGAGUGACUUCUGGGUUCGGUCUAGCCGAACAUUAAACGUUAACAUGCCGGGCGCCGACGGCGUCAAUAUAUAUUUUAGUCUAAGAAUUUACAUUUGUAAAUUUUAAUGCAUAAAUGAUAUUGUUGGAUCAUAAGAGAGUUACGAGAUCGUAUUUGUAAUAUAUAAAAGUUUAGGUAAUCAUAUUUUUUAUAUUGUCUAACAAAGAAUGUAAUAAUUGCGGAAGCGAUUGAGGUGCGAACAGGAAUGCCGGGCGGGCGCAGCGCGACCCGCGUCUACUUGACGUAGAGUUAAUGUUAAGUACAAUUUUGUUGAUGUAACAUUUUAAACAUAUUCAAAGCACAUUAUUGGUUUGUUCGAGUGAUCUAUGUCGGAAACUAGAUCGGACUAAGAAGAUGAAGUCUUAGUGUAACUUCUAUGUAGUUUUAAAUAAAUAAAUUCUAAUCGAA